AUGGCGCGCACCUGUGUCUAUUGUGAAUCUUCCUUCCUGACAUGGGCCUCAAACACGCACUUCACCUUCUCACAGGCUCAAGGCGUCUCAAACGCGGAUAUCAAAAUUGGUUUUAGUCGUGGGGAUCAUGGAGACGGGCACCCUUUUGAUGGAGCUGGUGGCACCUUGGCUCAUGCUUUUGCACCGACUGAUGGGAGAUUCCAUUAUGAUGGAGACGAGAGAUGGAGUGUGGGUGCAGUGUCAGGUGCAUUUGACUUGGAGACAGUUGCCUUGCAUGAAAUCGGGCACCUUCUUGGACUCGGGCAUAGCGAAGUUGAGGGAGCUAUCAUGUACUCUAGCAUCACUUCAGGAGUCACCAAAGGUCUGCAUGCCGACGAUAUUCAAGGAAUUAAAGCCUUAUACAACGUUUGAAGGACUUGGAAUUCGGAAUUCUCCAUCUCGAUUACUUUUUAGCCACCCAUGUCACCCAUUUGCGGAUGGAUUACGGAUUCUUUGCUGCAUGCUCCUAGCAAUUAAUACUCGAUAAUAAUAUUUUAGAAUAAAGUGUUCCCGCCAUCUUAAUUAUAAAAUAAAGUAUUUGGCAUUUUCGCCAA